GUAGUGUUUGGUGUGUUUUAUGUAAAUAUGUAAUUGCGUGAGUCGUAGAGUGAAGAAUAUACUUAUACUUGCUGGGUAAGAUUAAAUGGACCCUAGUGGAAGUGUGAGUACCCCCUUGACCCUUGUUUGUUCGUUGUUUAGGCUUGGAAAUUGAUUGGAUUUGCAGGUGCAGCAUCAUGGACGGACAUGAUUCAGAAGACCCAAAGCAAAACACGGCUGAUAUGACAGCUUUUGUGCAAAAUCUUCUUCAGCAGAUGCAAACUAGGUUCCAGACAAUGUCCGACUCCAUCAUUUCAAAGAUUGAUGAGAUGGGAAACCGUAUAGAGGAGUUGGAGCAAAACAUCAACGAUCUAAGAGCAGAGAUGGGAGUGGAGAGCACUCCAUCACUGUCCCCUGCUAAGCCAAAGGAAGAAGAGUCGAAGAAAGAAGAGGGUUCUGCUUGAGUAACAUUUCCUGUUCAACUGCCGUGUUUUCAAUGGGUCUCGUGAUACAUUCCGGAUUUUGUUACUGUGUAUCUAGUGGACUUUCUCUUUGGUAGCUAAAACUCACAGUUCAAACUAAGUAAAAAUCACAGUACUGUUGAUUAAUUGUGUGAGUGUGUGUGUGUGUGUGUGUUUUUUUUUCUUCCAAUUUGAGAUGAGCUAGACUGGGUGCUAUUUGUGGAUGAUAUUUCUAUUUUCGAUAUUUUAAUAUUUAAAUUUCGAUUACUUCA